AUGCUGCACUCUAUGCUGAUGCACUCUAUGCUGAUGCACGCUAUGCAGUUAAACUCUACGCCGUUACACUAUAUGCCGAUGCACUCUAUGCCGAUGCAAUCUAUGCCAAUAUUAUACUCUAUGCCGAUGCACUCUAUGCCGAUGCACUCUAUGCCGAUGCACUCUAUGCCGAUGCACUCUAUGCCGAUGCACUCUAUGCCGAUGCACUCUAUGCAGAUGAACUCUAUGUCGGUACACUCUAUGCCGUUACAUUCUAUUCCGAUACACUCUAUGUCGGUACACUCAAUGCCGAUACACUCUAUGCCGUUACACUAUAUGCCGAUACAGUCUAUGCCGAUACACUCUAUGCAGUUACACAAUAUGCCGAUGCACUCUAUGCCGAUACACUCUAUACAGUUACACUCUAUGCAGUUACACUCUAUACCGUUACACUCUGUGCAGUUACACUCUAUGCAGUUAUACUCUAUACCGUUACACUCUGUGCAGUUACACUCUAUGCAGUUAUACUCUAUGCUGUUACACUCUAUGCCGAUACACUUUAUGCCGAUACACUCUAUGCCGAUACACUCUAUGCCGAUAUACUCUAUGCCGAUAUACUCUUUGCCGAUACACUCUAUGCCGAUGCACUCUAUACAGUUACACUCUAUGCAGUUUCAUUCUAUACCGUUACACUCUAUGCAGUUAUACUCUAUGCUUUACACUCUAUGCCGAUGCACUCUAUGCCCGAAAGUCGGAUUUGGCUUGAACCGUUUGCGGUAUAUGCCGGUACACUCUAUGCCGAUACACUCUAUACAGUUACACUCUAUACAGUUACACCCGAUACCGUUACAGUCUAUACCGUAA